AUGGAAAUGGAUACGCCUACGAUGCGUCAUGGAAACGUUUCGGUGAAGUAUCGGGUAGUCAGGAAACGUAUCAGUGAAAUUUCGGUGAAGUUUCCGCAACGUGUCUAUUUUAUUUUAGUUGUCUACUCGUCUCGUCGAUCACUGAUCAAACGAUCACCGGUUCAGAAUUCACCAAUCGUCAUUCUCCUAAUUCCUAAACAGAGCACAUUUGCUUGGUAUAAAAGUAUAGGUACUGAGAUUUCUAUUUGCAAGAAACCAACAGUGACCGACAAACUUAACAUGAAAAGAUUAGAAGAUACGUAUGAAGAGAAGAAAGUCGAGUCACAACCAAAAAAAGUCGAGUUGCCAUGUGAAGUUGGUGUUGGAUUUAAGAAAAGAAAAGGUAAUGGUCUUUUGUUUCUAAAGGCAGUGAAUUGUUUUGGGAAGUAA